AUUCAAUUACUGUUGUCCUAGUCUUUUCUUUCUACGCUCACACUGAGACUGAACACAUCAAGAUGGUUCCAGGACCCAACCAAAAAGACUCGAUGAAGUCGACCUGGCGUCACCUCAGCCGCAGCGAGUGGAACAUCUGGCACUGGUUCUAUGAAGUAUUGGGCGUCCAUCCCACAGCCUUGGAUAAGGAUGUCCCUGUGCACGCCAAAACAGAUGCAAUGCCAUAUCUAUCACACUGGAAACAACAUCGCUGGGUGCUCGCCCACGCAGUGAUUCCCCUCAUCAUCCAUCAGGCUUAUGUUCAGUAUACCGGCCAGAAUUUAGGCCCUCUGGCUGCUUUUACCUUCUAUAGCGCCGCUUUCAAGCUCAUCGCUAUUCGCCAACUGCACAUGAUGCGAGGUCUCGGCCACCUCUAUGGUUUCCUCGACGGUGACAAGCAUCCCCGUGACGAAGUCCCGGAUAUAGGUGUCGGAAAAGUUGUGCACUCGCUUGUGUCGACAUCUACCUUCCGCCCCAUGUUCACCGUCUUCUUGGCCUACCGUACCGCCUUAGCACCCUCGUCCAUCAACUGGUACUGGCUCCCUCUCGAGGCUGGCCUGUACGGCAUUAUCCUCGACUUUUGGUUUUACUGGUAUCACCGCGUCAUGCAUGAGUUCGAAGGACUAUGGAAAUACCACCGCACCCACCAUCUCACCAAGCACCCGAACCCAUUGCUCACCUUGUACGCCGACCAUGAGCAGGAGUUCUUCGACAUUGCCGGCAUUCCUUUGAUGACCUACUUCACUAUGAAACUAAUGGGCAUGCCCAUGGGCUUUUACGAGUGGUGGAUCUGCCAGCAGUACGUUGUGUAUGCCGAGCUUGCCGGUCAUUCUGGACUUCGCAUGCACGCGAUUCCGCCGAAUACUUUUGGCUGGCUUCUUGAAUGGUUUGGGGCCGAGUUGGUCAUUGAGGAUCAUGACUUGCACCAUCGCACUGGCUGGAAGAGCAGCCACAACUAUGGCAAGCAGACAAGACUGUGGGACCUUAUCUUCGGCACCUGCCGUGACAGAAUCGAGGAUCUUGGUAUCGAUUACACUAAUACCGUCGAUAUGCCUAUUUUCUAAAUAUUUCCUUUUAUCAUCCCGGAGCUUGAUUGACUGUGUAUGUUUGAGGGUUAUUAGAUGAUAGAUGGAUGUCGGAAUGACUCUCAUGACUGAUGAGUAUGUAUAUAAGUUGAAGAUACCAAGAUUUCUCCUAUUUUUCUUUCUUUUUUUGUCGUCUCUACUAUGCAUGUAUGUUUGCGAUCAUGUAUGGCUAAAUUGUCACGUUUGAUAUUCAAUAAAUGACUCG